CCGGGUGCCUCCAGCAUGGAGUGGGAGCUCAACUUUCUGCUCUACCUUGCGCUCUUCUUCUUCCUGCUCUUUUUACUUUUCCUCCUACUCUUUGUGGUCAUCAAGCAGCUGAAGAACUCCGUGGCCAGCACUGCCGGGGCUCUCCAGCCCGGGCGCCUGUCGCUGCACCGGGAGCCUUGGGGCUUCUCUCGCGAGCAAGCCGUGUGACCAGCACCGCACGGAUACUGGCGGAAGGGCAUGGAGCCGGGCUGGCUCCGGGCUUGGUCUUGGCUUGGAUCUUCUGGCCACACGUCUGUCCAGGUUCUAGGACCAGGCUCGGCUGCAGCGCUGGCAGAUGCCUUUUUCCUCUGUUUCCACCCUUUGGUGUUCCAGAGCCUAGCAACUGCCUGGGGCUGGUGCCUAGAGGAUCACAGAUGCAGUUGCAAUGGGGUAACCAGGAACCCUGCAUGGAGGCUGAAACAACCAGAAAUGGAAGUUUUCUGCGAUGCAGUGCCACUGGUGUCCAGAAGUUUAAACCACCCCAACUCUUUUAGACUGGAGACUACAGAGAACCCAGGGUGAG